AUGACUACAAGACUUGAUGAAAUCGAACAAGAAUAUCAAACCAAAUUUCAUCAGUUUGCCACAGUUAAUGCUACUAUUCAAGUUCUUGUAAAUAAUAUGGCUCGACAAAAUGAUACAAAUAGAUAG